CCGCCUCGCCCUGCUGCCGUGAUGCUGCCGCCGUCGCAGCCUCACCUCCCUCGCCGCCCUCGCCUCGCGGCACUCCAACGGCGCUGCAGCACCUCGCCCGCCUAGCGCACGUGUCUGCCUCUGGGCCCAUUCCACUCCCUGCGGGCAUGCACCUACUGAGAGUCCAUGCACCACCAGGCACGACGUGGCAGAACAAAAUACAAACACGCUCCUUUCCCAGCUCCACGCUCCCCAGCAGCAUCAUGCGCCGUCACGCUGCCCGCCGCCUUGGUGGGGGCCGUCCCCAGGUAUCCAGUAGGCUGGCAGUGGUGGUGGUGCCGCAAGAGCCGCGAAGGCGAGGGUUGCUGGUCACCAGUUUGUCGCCAUCAUAGCAUGGCUGCUAUGCCAAUGCCGCAAUAUCUCACAUCUGGGUCCCAGGAACCCCCCUACCCACAAUCUCUCCGAGGGCCAUAUCUCUGCAUCCCCACACACGCCCUAGCGAGCCAAUCUCUGGCGCCUUGUCUUCGCAUUGAGCCCCCGGUAAUUAGCAAAGGCGCAAUCUGUACAGAGCCCGCCGGCACCGCUGCACUAACACAGUACAUAAAAACCCCAUAUAUAUCGUGAAUGGACGCC